AUCUUUUAUUUCCUUGCCAAUUCUCAAAAUUGUGGCACCUUUUAUUUCUCUCUAACAUCCUUUCCCCCCUCCCCUUUCCUUGAUCCUUUUAAGACUUUUUAUUUUCUGCCUUCCCAAUUCCCUCUCCUAAAUCAACUUGAGGAUCUAAUUCCUCUCCUUUCCCCAAUACAGUUGGUACUCUUAGCAUACACUCCCACCCUCAUAUAUUUCUUAAUAUCUUUUUUUACCUCUUAUCCCAGUUCCCCGUGAGCCCUUUAUAUUUCUGUUUUCUUCCACCAUUGCAAUCUGCCUGUCACUUUUAUUCUCUGUUCCGUACUCCAGCCCCUAGUCCCUUUUGUGCAUCUCUCUCUCCCUCCCGUCAUCUUCAUUCUCCUCUGCAACAGCUGGGGUUUCUGCAGUGUCUUUCUCUAGAUAGAGGGUGGAAAAAUCUUGCAAAAAUUAAAAGGAAGAACAGAGGAGGAAUGCCUGAUUCAUGCGCAGAUUGCAGCAUACCUGAAUGCCCCCAAGACGGAGUCAGCUCAAGAUUCCAAAAAAUGGAUGUCCAUAACUUACGAUAUAGUUCUGCUUUGGUAUUGCUGACUCAAACCACAGAAGCCCAAAGAAGGGGGGAAGUGGAAUAAAAUACUCAAUUAUCAAGUGCCAGAGGAAAAUAUCAAACUGUCCAAUGAAAACUACUGUUACUGAGGUGUAGAUUGCUCCUGCAGUGUAUAAAUGAGUGUGUGCAAAAAAGCUGUGCACGAAAAGCUACCAAUCCUAGUAUUUGCCAGGUUUCUUCACUGAGAAGAACUUCAGACUAAAAACCUUAACUCUUGCUUUUAAGAAAAACAAGUCAACAACAACAACAAAACAGGAAAAGAGUCAGCAAGGAUUCACAAUGUUUCUGUCUUGUUUUGGCCCAGUCACCAGAAUAUUAUGGGAAUUGUAUCUGAUGGCAUAGAUUACAUUUUUCCUUUUCAUCAUGGAAGUUAGUGAUUUUAGACUUUGUCUCUGCAAUAUCAAAUGAUUAAGACACAUGCUGAAAGUUGCUUUUUUUUUUUUUGGCUGACAUAACUUUGAUGUGACUUUAAAAAAAAAACAUGAUUUCAUUCCCUUUUUAAGUCUUUGUGGGGAUGCUCUUGGAAAGGUAUGAAAAAGAAAAUCCGCUUUUUGGUGGGGGACCCGAAAUCUUAUAAGAAUGCCCAGAAGGGGUUUAAUAUUUCAAGCCAGGACCCGUUGGCUAUUGGUGGGUCUUGCCUUACUAUUCAGUUUAAUGUUGUUCAUGUACCUGCUUGAGUGUGCUCCACAAACAGAUGGCAAUGGAUCUCUGCCUGGCGUUGUAGGGGAGAACUUGGGUAAAGAAUAUUACCAAGCUCUUCUACAGGAACAAGAGGAACACUAUCAAACCCGGGCUACUAGUCUGAAGCGUCAGAUUGCUCAACUAAAACAAGAGCUUCAGGAAAUGAGUGAUAAGCUGAAAUUGCUGCAGGAAAAAAAGAGCCCAAGAGUCAAUGGCAUGGGCUACCAAGGCACCAAAGAACAAGCAUCCAAUGAUCUCCUAGAGUUUCUUCAUUCCCAAAUUGACAAGGCUGAGGUGAGCAUCGGGGCCAAGCUACCUAGUGAAUAUGGUGUCAUUCCUUUUGAAAGCUUUACCUCCAUGAAAGUGUUCCAGUUAGAGAUGGGGCUCACUCGACACCCAGAGGAGAAACCUGUUAGAAAGGAUAAGCGAGAUGAGUUGGUGGAAGUUAUUGAGGCUGGCCUAGAGGUAAUCAAUAAUCCAGAUGAAGAAGAUGGACAAGAUGAUGAUGAUGAUGAAGGAAUAGGAGAGAGACCGCUCUAUAAUGAAAAUGAUUUCAUAGAAGGUUAUCAUCGCACAGAGAAAGAUAAAGGAACACAGUAUGAAUUGUUUUAUAAGAAGACCGAUGUUAUGGAAUACAGACAUGUCACACUAUUCCGACCAUUUGGACCCCUCAUGAAAGUGAAGAGUGAAACAGUUGACAUUUCCAGAUCAGUUAUUAACAUCAUUGUCCCUCUUGCUGGAAGAACUGAGGCAUUUGCACAGUUCAUGCAAAACUUUAGGGAUGUGUGUAUUCAUCAGGACAAGCGGAUUCACCUCACAGUGGUAUACUUCGGCCAAGAUGGGCUAUCUGAAGUGAGGAGCAUCCUGGAGUCAGUAGCUCGAGAAACUAAUUUUCACAAUUACACACUGGUCUCCUUGAAUGAGGAAUUUAAUCGUGGGCGAGGACUAGACAUGGGUGCCAGAGCUUGGGAAAAAGGCGAAGUGUUAAUGUUCUUCUGCGAUGUUGAUAUUUAUUUCACAGCUGAGUUCCUUAACAGUUGCCGCUUGAAUGCUGAACCCGGCAAGAAAGUUUUCUAUCCCGUGGUAUUCAGCCUUUAUAAUCCUGCUAUUGUCUAUGCCAACCAAGAUGUACCACCGCCUGUGGAGCAGCAAUUGGUACACAAAAAGGAUUCUGGCUUCUGGCGGGAUUUUGGCUUUGGAAUGACGUGUCAAUAUCGGACAGAUUUCCUGACUGUUGGGGGGUUUGACUUGGAAGUGAAAGGCUGGGGUGGAGAGGAUGUUCAUCUUUACAGAAAGUACUUGCACGGAGACCUGAUUGUGAUCCGGACCCCAGUCCCAGGCCUGUUUCACCUCUGGCAUGAGAAGCAUUGUGCUGAUGAGCUGACUCCAGAGCAGUAUCGCAUGUGUAUCCAGUCUAAAGCCAUGAAUGAAGCAUCUCACUCGCACCUUGGAAUGCUGGUCUUCAGGGAGGAGAUUGAGACCCAUCUCCGUAAACAGGCCUAUAGGACUAACAGUGAAGCAAUAGAUUAAAAGGAUUUUUAAUGCAAGACCGAAGACUUUAAACUCACAAUGAACCAGCAUCAUUCUACAGCCUUAAUUCAGCUUACAAAUUCAGUGCCUCUUUCAGUGAAGAAGAGUUUUUAACUUUUGUCUGGUAUUCUGUUACCUACAUAUCUCACCAGUUCAGGCACCUGAGACAAGAACUUUUGAAAGUAAUUUUUUCAAUGAAAGGUUCUACAGUAUUAACUUUAUGGACAAAUAUAGCAGCAGAAUGUAUGACCGAACACUCUUUCACCUCUGAUAAUUUUUUUUUCAUAUUUGCAUUAUUGUAAGGUAAGGAUUGCAUUAAUGGACAAUAUUUUGUCUUGUCUGCCAAGUAUUGUUACACUCUGUCUUGCUCAUUACACUGUAACUUUAGAUAGAUACCAUACUUACACAUUCCAGGAUAAAAACUAAACACACAUGACCAGGAAACUCAUUGGGAAAAUGUACACAAAAGCUUAAUUAGUAUGUUAAUUAGGUUGCUGAUUUCAUGGCAAUAAUUUAAUUAAAUUCACUGUAUUAACAGCUAUCCAUAUAAUUCACAUUAGAGAAGAAUUUAUAGGAAAAAGGGACGUAUGAAAAUCUCUUAAAGGGGAAUUGUUAAUAUUGUUUGAUAUCAAUGCAAAAGUAAGCUGGACAUGUACCAUUUGCUUAUCCUAGCUACGGGCCAAAAAAAAUUCCUCUUGCAUAUUUCAGGAUGUACAAAGACAAGCAAUUUAAAUAAAAGCGGGUUACUUGUCUUCUGUUGCUUUGUAUGGUAUGAUUAGAUUCACCAUUUUUAAUAUCCUUUUGUUUUCAGGUGAAUGUUAAGAUUCACUAAUUUAGUGGGGAGUGUGGGAGAGUUGCAUCUGCAGUCUCCACAAAUUUAGAAAUUAGUUGAAAACCACUCACUAAAUCAACUAAUUUUGGAUUUUUUUUUAAAUCAGUUUUAGUUUCAAACACUUAAGGGCAAGUAGAGAUUAAAAUGUGACUUCUGAAUGCAAAAUAUGCUGUGUAAAAUAGUGCUGUUCACUGAUCUUUUUUUACUUGUACAUAAAAUUUGCUUUUAUGUAACUUAUUGUGGAGAACAGUAUACUGUAUUGUGUUUUUUAAAGAGGGGAGAAUGUAAUGCAAGAUGUCUUACCAUUGGUAUUCCUGCUAUGAUGUAUGAAUAAAUUUAAUAUUUCUGCAUUUUAGAA